UUACAGGGUUGUACAGCUCAGCCGCCACAAGUAUCAUUGUAUCAAUCGCAACAAAGUGCAUAUUCGACUUACCCAUCACAAACUACUAUUGGAGUGUCAUCUGUUAACAGCCGUUUACUUUCGAAUAAUUGCUGUGAUGCCGCAUCUACAAAUUUCUUCCCCCAACAACCACAACAAAGCUAUCCAUUACAACGAUCAUUUUAUCAAAAUUUAACACCGGAACCACCGGCAACAACAGCUAAUAACGUUAUGCCUCAGAGUAUGAACUGUGAAGCCGUUGGUUCGAUAACAUCAGCAGCGAUAUCUAAUGACAGCCUGACAGCAUCAGUUUUAACUGAUUUGGGUUCUCAGUUAUUAUCAGUUCGGCGACCUUCUAGUUGUAGCAGCCGGAGUCGCCCAUCAUCAUCGUGCUCCUCUGUUACGAACCUACAGAUACCGAUCACAAGCACUACAAUCACUGUUACUAGUGCUGCUGGACCUAUUACCACAAAUAUGAAUGGUUUGGUUAAUGCAUCGCUUACAAACAAUGCUGUUACAUCUGUUUGUGCCACCAGAAAUGCUGAUAUCCUGAUAAUCCGUGAUCCGUUCGAAGAGGAGGAAUUGACCGGUACACGUUGUAAUAUCACAAAUACUCAGAUGAUGUUCAAUCAGCGACCACCGCAGUAUAUCAAUACUGGAAAUCCGUUAGAUUCUGGAGGACAGCUGGAGUUACCCCGGCAUCUUCGUGUUCCGUACCCUGAAUCGGCAUAUCGAGCAUGUAUUGCAGCGAAUAAGAAUUUGGACAGUUACCGUAACGGAGCACCCUUACCUUCGUUUAUGCCACCUUAUCCAGCGCUUCCUGCUCCAAGACCUGGUUCUGUCUUUGCGCCAAAUGUUAUUGCAAUGGAGAAUUCGAUAAUGUAUGGGAAUCCACAACAGCAGCGACAGCAACAACAGCAACUCCCUGGAAGUGGUGCAAAUUUUGGGGUGUUACGGAAUAAUAGAGCUCAAGGAAAUGCUUCACCAGGUUGUCCACCGCUGUCGAUGGGUAAUGCACCUGCACCAAUUCCAGCCCAAGGCUUUGGGAAUCCAUAUUGUGUCCAAGGACCGGCUCCAACGCAGCAGAUGUUGGGACCACCUGGUUGUAUGCAGCGCACUGAAUACCUACCAACUGUGUCAGGUUCAUAUUGCGUUCCAGGAGGUGCUGCUGGACAACCUUAUUUUGGCGGGCAGCCGGUAGUAAGACCCGAACCUGGAACUUCUAGUAUGGUAUCUUUGAACACUGGUUCACAUAUAAAUCCCAUGGGAAUGGUGAGCGUAAAUGGUGAAAGAAUGGGACCUGUUAUGGGAGUUAUUGCUGUGGCCCAGCAACAAAAUGCUGGUUCGGCGACAGGAAAGAAGGGAAAUAAUAAAAGAUCCAAAGCUAACAAAGCAGCUGCAGCAGUAUCGAAUCUUACGAUCACAGAUGAACAGCAGCUCUUGUCCGCAAGGCGGAAACAACAGCCCUUGUUACCAUCUGGACAACAACAACCACUGGUACCUGGAAUGAUGCUACCCAUGUCAGUUUCAUCGCAGGACUUCUAUUUGCCGCAAGGUAUUUGUGGUAAUCGUAGUAGCUUGCCACCUCACAUUGCACCACCGCAGCAGCAGACGAUGGUACCACUUACACCUACUAACGGAACUACUGGAGGAGGCGGACUAGGGCAAUUUGAUCAUUUUGAUGUUCGACCUUCAACAAGCAUGAGUUGUACACCGAUGUCGUACUGUCCUCCGAUAGCAUCAGCACCAAGUGCAGCAGAUACUCCGCCUCAACAGCAAUCAACUUCUCAAAUGAUCGCCCAUUCGAUGAUGAUGACGAGAGGUUACGGUGGUUUUGAACAAAACGGUUUUGUUGAUGGCUUUCAGACUCAACGGAAUAAUGGCAGCAGUAGUGAUACCAUUAGCAAUAAUAUGACAACUAAUACUACUCUCACUACAAGUGCUAGCGGUGAUUCGUUUACUGUACUAAAUGGUUCUGCGAGUAGCCAGAACACUAGUACCGGUAACAAACAAUGUUGUGUAAGCUGUACGGAAGAAAUACGAAGUGAUCAACCCAGUAUCCAAUGCACAGCAAAUGGCGAAGGUUGUCGGCGUUUCUUUCAUCAGGAAUGUAGCGGAUUGUUAUCGGAUGCAUUCCGUGCUAUCAUUGCAGAACCAUGUGCGGAAUGGAUUUGUCCGGAUUGUUUAUGCCGUCAACAGACACAACUUACAUUUGCUUAGUUACAUUCAGUUAUUUUCAUGUUUUUAUUUGUUCAUUUUACUUUUACAAGUAAUAUUAUAUUUUUUACACUCCUCAAAAAUAUGUCUCCAUAUUUAUAUAUCAUUAUCUGCGUGUCUGAUGUCUGAACAAGUUAAAUACAGUUGAAUGUAUAUUUAUAAGUUAUUCGGAUGUAUCGUUGCAUAUGUCCAGUAAUUUAAAUAUAAUUAUUUGUUUGUUUGUCAAAUAUUUAGAUGUAUUGUUGGUCUGCAACAUAUUUAAAUGUGUCUUUAGGUCUUCGAAUAUGUUCGCAUGUGUUUGAAUAUGGG